CACAUAGCCGACCUCUAGAAUGAAAAUUUUCCUUCGUAUUAUUGCUUGGCUAUUAAAAAAAUUAAAUUAACGAAAGGAAAGUUCCCAAGCCUCCAGGUUUGAACACCUAGAGAUCUAAGCUGCUGCCGUAACAAGAAUCCGUAAUGGAGUAGGAGAAGUUGUUCACCCACAUAUGACAUAACCCUUAUUUUUUCAUUUGUCUCUUUCUUCCUAAAUUUCCCUACAAAAAGCUGUACAUCCCUCUUCUUGUUCCCCCAAACCGAGCAAAUUCGUGUCUCAAGAUCAACUCUCCUUAAAAAUCCACAGGGCCACAGGCAUUUUCAGCACAUAAUUCGACAACACCUAAUGGCACAAGGAAAAUUUGAGAUGGGUCUGGUCCUAGUCCUUGUGACCAUGCUCUGGGCAGGAGUAGAGGCUCAGUCUAGUUGUGCAAAUGUGUUAAUCAGCAUGUCACCAUGCCUUAACUACAUCACCGGCAACUCCUCGACCCCAUCGUCAGGAUGCUGCACACAGCUUGCCAAUAUGGUCCGCUCACAACCACAGUGCUUGUGUGAGGUCCUAAAUGAUGGUGGCUCAUCACUCGGAAUCAAUGUCAACCGAACCCGGGCUCUAGCCCUACCUGGUGCUUGUAAUGUUCAGACCCCACCUCUCAGCCGCUGUAAUGCUGCUUCACCAGCCAACUCUCCCGCAGGAACACCAGAAUCUUCAAAUACAGUUCCUUCAGGAGAAGGAUCUAAAACCGUGCCAUCAACAGGAGACGGUUCAUCGGUUGGAAGUUCUAUCAAGUUGUCGAUUUCCCAUCUCUUCUUCCUUCUUUGUGCUGCAGUACUUGCUUCGCCCUAAAUAAGAUGCUAAUUUUCUCGCUUGCUACAGCACGGGAUUCCCCUAGAUUGAGGGGUUAUGGAAUAUUUAUUUUUGUUUAUUUUUUGUGAUCCCCUUCUGGGAUUAAUAUGGUUUUGUAUUUCUGAGGAGGCGUCUAGCUCUCUUCCCUUCUCAAUAAAGAUGAUUGCUGGCUUAUGAUGUA